CACUAUACACACACACACACACACACACACACACAUAGAAGUCUCCGUAACGCGCUUCCAAAAAAUCGAUCUGUUUGUAGCAGUUUUUUUUCUUCAUCCAAAUCCAUGGACUCUGAAUCGGAUCCCUCGCAAUAUAUGACUAACGAUGAAGCCAAAGGGUUCAACCCAGGAUUGAUCGUACUGCUGGUUGUUGGUGGGCUACUGAUAACGUUCCUUGUUGGCAACUAUGUGCUAUACAUGUAUGCCCAGAAGACCCUCCCACCCAGAAAAAAGAAGCCAGUCUCCAAGAAGAAGUUGAAGAGGGAGAAACUGAAGCAAGGUGUUGCCGUACCUGGAGAAUAGACCGUCAUAUAAUUAAUCUUAAAUUCGUGUCAGUGUUCAGUAUCGUCAUGUUGUGAGAGUUAUGAAGUACUAUUAGUUUGUUUCUGUUUAUCUAAUUGUGAUUGGUUUAGCUUUUAUAGUAUAGACAUUACCCAACGUUCUGUUCUGUUAGCCAAGCCCUAGCCAAACUUAAGGGUCCUUGAACCAUGGUAAUAAUGACCUUAGUUUGUCUUGUA